CUGCCCUUGGCCAUGUGCUUCCCCUGCCCCUUGGCCGCCUCAGUGCCGCCGCGCCCCAGCUGGGCACUUCCUUCCUUGCAGCGCUCACCGCCUUACCCUCAGCCCUGGGAAAACCGGGGAAACUUUGUUUUCUGUGAUUACUUUUGCAGGAAGGACUGUUUGUCUAAAGGAGUGUUUCAGCGAGAGAUAGCUUUUGAAAAAAAUCUUCUGUGCUGCUUGCUUGCAAGUACCCUUGUUGCCUCCCUCUACACUUUCUUGCAUUAGCCUACCUAGUAAUUUGCACUUAAGUGUGAUACGGGCGGGCUAAAAGUAGUUCUCCCUUCAGAUAGUGACGUGGGAUUGUGGGGCAGAAGAGAUGCAGACAUAUAUCUCAACAGGUAUUAACCCAGGACCAGGAUCAGAGGAAACCAGUGGUUCUGAAGACUGCCUGGUCAUCAUGGUUCAUGCUACUGUUUAUGUGGGUUUCACUGUUCCUCAGUUACUGAGAGGUGCUCAGAGCAGAAUUUUUCCCUACCAUUCUCCAUUGGGGGUGUUGAGACACUCUGCUUUUUGUUACUGCACAGGAAAUGGCACAAUAAAAUCAAAAAGGAAAAUGGAUCAUCUAGAGAGGACAGCAAAUAAUUUUCGACAGGAGGUAAUUACACAAGCAAAAGUGUGUGGAAUCACCAAUGAAUCAGGGACAGUCAAAAGGCUUCGUUUGGCAAUUGAAAAUAAGGAUUUUACUUUCAAAGCAGGACAGUGGGUUGAUUUCUUUAUUCCUGGAGUAUCUGUAGUUGGAGGAUUCUCAAUAUGUUCAAGCCCUGGCCUGUUAGAACGAGAAGGAAUACUAGAGCUGGCAGUAAAGCACACUGUUCAUCCUCCUGCUCACUGGGUUCACACUGAGUGUACUCUUGACUCAGAAGUGGCUCUGCGAGUGGGAGGUGAUUUCUUCUUUGAUCCUCAGCCUGGUGACCCCCCAGUAAACCUAGUGCUGAUAGCAGGGGGUGUUGGAAUUAACCCAUUGUUUUCUAUACUGCUGCAUAUAGCAGAUCUUCAUGGAUACCAAGAGGGUAAAGGAAAUAGACACAAACUGGGAACAGUGAAGCUGUACUACAGUGCAAAAAAUACAAGUGAACUCUUAUUUAAGAAAAAUAUUCUUGGUUUGAUGAAGGCGUUUCCUGGAAAGAUCACAUGUUGUUUCCACGUCACCCAGCAGUGCUCACAGAUCUGUAAAGAACUGCAGCCACACAUUACAGAGGGAAGAAUAUCUGAAAAGGAUCUAGAGAAACACGUAUCCACCGAUACUUCAUGGUACAUCUGUGGUCCCCCUCCAAUGAUAGAAUCUAUAUCCAAACUACUCACUAACAUUGGUGUUCCUAGAAACCGUAUUUUCUUCGAGAAAUGGUGGUAGUGACACCUGCUGAAGAGAAAAUGAUAAUAUUUUUUCCAGUGCAUUUUGAUAAGCUAAAAUGUACAGAGAUGGACUAUGAAUUAUUUUGAAGAUUUUAAUGAAGAUGUCCUCAGUGAUGAAAGUGGUCCUUUAAUUUAACUGUAAUAUGCCUGUAACACAGUGCUGCUGCUUUGGGGGAAAAAAAGUGAUUUUAUAUUAAAGAUAUUAACUGUUUUGG